AUGAAAAAGAGUAUACAGACCUACUUACGGGAUUCUGGAUGGGAGAUGAGGGUGCAGAAUGCUGUGUAUGCUCAGUUAAAGAGGUCAGUAUUUCUUGGUUUUCGUCAGCAACAAAGUAACAUCCUCAAUUAAGCUAUAAAUUUAAAGCUUCUAAAACCAAUUUUUUUUCAACUAAAAGACACCUAUAUUGACCCUGCAUCUUGAGUAAGGAAGAGACAAGGAGGUUGUGCCAGAAUUGUGUAAAGCCUUUGAGGCUGCUGCAGUGCAAACUUCUGGACUGUAGUCAAAUUAUCUUGUUUUCUUUCAUUAAACUGUUUUUUCGGGUACAAGCAUCUGUUUAUUGAUAACCGAUAGUCAUAACUGAGCCCACUGUGGCAAGCGCAUGGCCGCUAAGCUUGGGUUCAAAACAUGGGUCCUAGCAACUUGCUGGGCAUGCUCAACAAAGAUCUUACUUGAUUCAUGGUGAGUCCUUUCUGAAUUCACCAAAAUGAAGCAAGCGAAAGAAAAUCUCUGCUGGCAGGGUGCCUAAGAAGUUCAGUAUAAUGUUGCAACAAGGAUUAGUUGGCAAUAAUACAGUGUAUGUCACCAAUAGAACAUAAGUCUGCAUAGUACUGAUGUGGUUUUAUAACCAAAUGUGUUUUUGGUACUGUGGAUUUUCUUGGAGCAAUCUGCAUUAAGUCUCCUGUGUGAAAGCAAAGUUGUAAAUUUUAAGUCUUUACGUGUGUACACUGUAUAUAGUACACUGUCAGACUAAUGGUAAGGGUCAGUAAAGUGACUUGGAAUAACAAAGAUGUGAUGAUAGGUUGUAAUAAUUUCAUUUCCAAGCCCCUGACAUCCAACUGAGAGUUACAUUAAUUUUGAUCUGUUUACACUGAAGAUGCAGGCUGGUGAAUGUUCUACGACACAGAUAGUGCUGAUGUGUGCUCGAUCACAGACUUAAUUCAAAUGAUUACACAAUUACAAAACCUAGGAGUUAUUUCAGAAUGUCAAUCUCGUGCCUGUAAAAUACGAUCCUUUUAUUGUAUUAAAAUAGAAACUUUUAGAUCACAUAACGUACAUUAUUUUUCUUCCUUUUGGUUAAUGAUAAUUUGAAAACCAAAAAUAAUAAUGAUAAGAGAAAUUACUAGCCCUUAAACUAUUUGCUACAAAGUGUCAAUCAAUGUGUCUGAGCAUAGCUCAAUGUCAAUCAGAGAAAAAUCAAUAAACACCCAUCAAUAGAUGACCAUUCCUGAGUUUUAAUUUGGCUUUGAAACGACCAUUCGUUAUGAUCCUUAAUUAGACAUAGUCCUUCAGUUAUGCAGGCUUUCUGGUAGCUCUUUUGGGCCUUAAUGACACUGCAAUAGGCGUUUCACUGGGCAGCCUCACUUCCCAGUCUUCUCCUCAGGCGCUUCGUUUUUCGCGUGGCAGAGGCGAGCGCGAAACGAGUGACUGGUGAUGAACCGCAAGGGACCAUGGGAAGGGUACAGACGGCAGGCGAAGUUCAGGGCGGAAAAACGUAAUGAGCAUGCGUGGACUUUUUAGCCCAGAUCCCCUGGCCGGGUUUGAAAAAAUGGCGGGUUUUCAAAUAUUUUAUUGCCUAAAAAUAAAAUGUUUCCACUCAUAACCUGGAAAGAACAGGCAAUUUGUCUUCAAAAGUUGCAAGCUGUGGCUAUAACCUUGUCGUUACUUAAUUUUCUCGAAGAAUACCUCAUAGUAAAACGGACUUUAACGACAUUAAUUUCCUACCCUGCGAGCAGAGGCUACAUUUUCGCGGUAUGAGCUGGCGUGCGAAAAGUACUUUUCGCACGCCAGCUCAUACCGCGAAAAUGUAGCCUCUGCUCGCAGGGUAUUAAUUUCCUUGCGUUGUACUGGAAAUGUGCAUGCGUGGUCCGAUUUUUUUCAAGAUGCAUUCACGAAAUGUGUUCAUAUAAGGAAGUUCCUGGAUAUGUAAGGUCCGGAACUCCACUGUGGACACAAAAACAACAUAUCUUUGGACAGUAAUUUGCCCAAAAAAAUUAACGCUUGCCCACAAUGUGUUUGAAGUCACUGAACUUUGUCUCACUUGAGCUGACAUUUUAAACCCUCGCUCGAUCGGACACUCGUGGUUUCGCAGAUCACUAAAAUAUAAACAAAAUCCUCAAUGUAGAAGGCUAGAAGUUAUUGCGUUGAUAUGUGGGCAGAAAAAAGGUCAAUCUUUAUCCAGUAAAAUCUUCCCAAAAAUCGGUUUCAAAGCAACUAUAGUUUUUUAAACUUGCUCGUUUCGCGCCGAUAUAUAAAUUUUGCUUUGUGUUGUCAAGUUGAACACGCAUAACAUCUGUCAAAAACCAACGCGUAAGUAGGAUUUCCUUCAAACAAAGUUAAAGUUACAUUAUUUCAAAAACUUCUUGCUGACAAUGAAGAAAUGAAUUUUCUGUGCGAAAACAACCUACCUAAAGAUCUUAAAAGCAAAAGAUCAGUUGCAACUUGGCAGCCAAGCCAUGAUUCACCAUAGCUAUUUUCAAUAAGGUUAACCGGUCCAUGCGAGGGUCUUCGUUUAAGCAAAUUAAACUCAGCCGAUCAUUAGAAAAUACAGAAAAUUGCACAUAAGGGUUUGUUUUGCUCACCUCAGUCAAAUCAAGCUGCAGCAAUUGUUUACGAGAAAAGAGUCAAUUGUUUUGAAGCCACUGCCGGGGGUUAUCGUUCUCUACUUCCCAGCGAGUGAAAAGGACAAUUUGCGUACAGAAAGUUAUUCUUCAGAAAGAACAGAAACUUUCACAGUUCACUGGAAAACAAAACUAUGUAAUGAAAAAUGAAAAAACUCUGACUAUUAUUACUUGAGAAACAGGAAAAUGAUCUUGAGUAAGCUUGCUGGCCUUCUAUCUCCGAGAAAGUUUAAUAAGAGCACAAGUUUGUUCACUCUGAUGCGUUAUAACAGCAAUAUGGUUCUUUGACUGAAGACAAAGAUAAAGCUGGUUCUGCAAAGGUAAUAAAUCUGGGCAUGUAAAAAAGUAACCGUAAGUACUAACAACAGAAUACAAGCGGGUUUUAAUUCAACCCGGCGAAAUCAACUCAUAAAUUAAUCGGAUGCACAAUCAGAAAAAUACUCGCCUCUUAAGAAAUGUUCAAAAACCUUUAUUCCACCUCAGACUGACGGAAUGAUGCGAUUUUCCUUUAACAUUGGUUGUUCUGAAUCCAAAGUAAUUUUCAAGCGACGAAAAAAAAGCAAACAUGUCAAAUAAAAAUGCUUUACAGGGAGCAAACGUUCGCACCUCGUGCAUUUCGUUCAGAACUCCAGCAACAAAUAAACACAAUUGACACACAGAAAAGCCCGCCUUGAGCCUGCGAUAAGGGAUGCGCAGAAGCUUGCGCAGAACGUUUUUCCGCCCUGAACAGGCGAAGCGCCUGCCAGAUCUUGUGUCGUUUUCUUGUCAAAAAAGUCGUUUUCUUGGCACGGCCCAAUUUUUGGUCUUUUUAAGUCUUGGAAGCGAUCAAUUUUAGUAGCAUAUUGUUGUAGACAUUGUAAACUUUGAGCACACAGGUGAAUGGCUCAAAAUUUCAAAACCUGAGGUAGAAAUAACCGACAGGCUGCAAAGGAGUCGGAUUCUGCUGGAUUCUUACGAAUCGAAGACCUCUAACAAAAUAUUUGAUGACUUGACGGUAUCGGGUUAGCCUCCCACGCAGGCGUUUUUAGGGGAGCUCGUAUUUCUUCUCUCCCCAUGUGGGGAGGGAAGAAAUACGAGCUCCCCUAAAAACGCCUGCGUGGGAGGCUAGUAUCGGGUAGGUCUUAUAUUUUAGUAUUUGACUUGUCGUUUAUUGCAGAAUCCGGAUUAGUAAAGUACAGCACCGGCGAUUAUAAUUCUAUUUUUCGCUCUUUUAGGCCUAAUCCACCGAACAACGAGCAAGUAACCUUGUGAAUUGAAAGAAGUGCAAGGCCUAGCUAGAUUGUGCAAGGUCAGGAGUUGAUUAUCAAGACCACAUUAUGUCCUUACACCAAGAUUUAAGUCUGCGACGUUACUAAUUCUGAAACCAGGGACAGAUGGAUAUAUUUCAGUAGACGCUUUUGACAAAAUAAAUAAAAAUGAAUAACUUGUUGAAGCUUAAAAUUCCUAACUCUCGGUAUAAGAUACCUAGAUUCUCGAGAGAUAAGUAAUGAACUUUAUUUUCGGAUCAGGGAAGGGGUUGAAGAGAAGGAAGGUGCCAGCAUUGAUCAAUCCAUCAAUUUGGACUACCUCUCUCCAUCUUGAUGAGGGAAACGAAAAUCUCCAGCUAUAAAGGCAGUCUUUUCUAGCUUUAUACUACUACAUCAGAAAUUUCUGCAAUUUGUUGGCUUAGAGCAGUGGUAUUUCAGCUUAAUUUGAAAUACCUACAUGUGAAAAUUACGAACCUUUUGUGGGUAGUAGUAUAAACAAAUAAUAGCAUGAUUUGUACGUGAUAUUUGGCAUAAAUACCACUUGUGAUAUUUCAAAAUUGUCUCAAAUUUCACUCCCCUAACGGCUCGUGAAAUUACGUAUAACAAUUUUGAAAUAUCAUUCGUGGUAUUUAUGCCAAAUAUGACUACAAAUCAUGCUAUUACCUGUACUAAUUUUUUUUAGUAUUUGAAAUACCAGGUGAAAUACCAGGUGAGCUUUCGCGUGAAAACUUGAUAUCUUCACAUGUGAAAAUAACAUGUUAUCUUCACAUGUGAAAAUAUGACCUUUGCUAUGGCUACAUAAUAAAUCGCGCCUUUCACACCCAAAAACUAUUAAGGUGAAAUGGUGUGGUAUUUCAUUGGUGUUUAUAUAAUAAAUAGAACAUUACAUGGCCGCUUGGAGAUACGAAAUUUCUCUUCUCGUGUUGAAAAAAUAUUUCACGCGUUCGCUGCGCUCACCCAUGAAAUAUUUUUCAACACUCGAAGGGAAAUUUUGUAUCUCCGUGCAGCCAUGUAGUAUCCUCUAUAUAUUGCACAAUAAUUAAAGCUAAAAUAUAUUUAUCGAUUUUAUCUUUUGUAGGAGAUUUUGUUAUUGCUAUCAUUAGUUUUAACUUUAUUUCAUUUUAUUUACGGGUGUAAAAAAAUAAAAUAUUCAUAUUCCUUGCGAUUUGAUUCGAUUUCGAGUAUUGCCUUUCGAUUUCGAUUAUUUCGAUUCGAUUACGUAAAUGUUUCGUAAUUCUUAUAACAUUAUGCGUAAUGUAAACAGCAUGCAACCCUAAAUCCUCAAAUGAAGAAUAGUAACAGAGACAGGAGGAUUCACAGUCGCUUGGUUCGUCGCCAUGUUUGAGAACCUGACAAAGAGUGUGUUGCAUAUGGUUAAUUGCCUUAUUUGGAAAUUCUCAAGGGGAGGUUGAAGGACAGCAGCUUGACAGCAGCUUGAUUAUAAUUUUGUAGUUAAAAUUUCUAGGAAGGGGGUUGGGGGUUAGUAGUUAUGCAGAACCAUCUAUACUUAUCUUAACGUUUUUUGCAUUUCAAGGUAAUUCUGCGUCCAUUGAUAAUUAUUAGAUGAUCUUGUAUUCCUCUGCAACUCCAAAGCAGGUCAAAAACUACCCCUUCAGAAGACUUUUGAGGGGAAUUUUAAGCUACCACAGGUUUGCCAAGAAAGGAAGCAUGUAUAAGAAAUCACAGGGACACCAAUGUUGAAUCUGGAUAGAAUGAUCCCAAGAACUUCGUAAUACUCAGUCUUUCCCACCACCAGUUGGAAUUAGGACAAAAAAUGCAGUCAUUAUUCUCUAAAAUGGCAUUCACAGCAUCUUGUUUGCCAUGAAAUUUGAAAUAUUCAAACACAUUUAUUUUUUUAAAAAAGUGUCUAGGGCAACAUCUCCUGCCUGGCCAAAAUUAAUGGUAGUUACGAUGGUAUCUCAUCAACUACAUCACCCUCUUUAAUCAGGGUAACAAAAUUGUCUAUCAAAUGAAAACCAAAGUUACCAAUAAUUUAUUUAUUAAGACACAAAUGAUGUGUUAUAAAAGAGCAUGACAAAACCAAAUUGGUCUACUGUGUAAUAUCACAAAAACAAAUAAAAAACAAUACAGACAAUAAGUAUUUGCUGCACAUUCGACACAGCUUCAUCAUAAAAUGAGGUAUAUAAAUAAAAAAGUAAGUUGAAUUUAUUUCCACCGGGCUGUGCAUUCAGUGACAAGUCUAGUACCCAGUGAGGUGAUCGAACAAUAAAAAAAUACAAGUAACAAAAAAACCUGGAGCUAGUUUUGUGGCUGUUUUUCCUGUACAUAAGCUUACAUUGUCGAGCAAAUGAUACACAAUGCGAAAUCCUGAGACAAAAAUUUAACAGAUUCAAAAAAUGUUUUAUCAUCUAUUUCAUAACAUAACUUAGAGGUCUUGAGACUAGACUGGUUUGUUGCCUUUUCGAGUAUUCAAGAUACAGCGUGCGGGAAAUAGUAUUUUAAAGCUUUACAAAAUAUUUGGCUUCAUUUGAUUGUUGCGACAAUUCUCAGCUCGCCAUUUUUCACUUCGACUGAAUAGAUCGUUUCAUCACUGGAGACCUUAACAGAAACGAUUACUAACUUACUAACUUUCCUGACCGGCUGUUACCUUGGCGUGCGGCAGUUUCAUUAAAUUAACAGAAUUAAAGGCAAUACUGUCCCGUCCGGGGGCUAGUAGUUUGAAGCUUGAGUCCAAUGUGUGGGGUGGAAACAGCUUCCUCUUCACACACACGACGUGGAUAGGCAAUGAUUUGCUCAAAAUUCGCAAAUGAACAGGGCUGAACUUAUUUUAAAAAUUGCAUAUUGGUCCGCCAUUACUCUUGCCGCCAUCUUGAAAACAAGAUCUGCCAGGCGUCUCGCCCGUUGUCUCCUUCCCGCCUUCCUUUGCUCGCACAUUUUCAUCAAAAUAGAGACGUCUGGGUACGAGGCAGCUCACUUCCCAUGAUGGAUGAAUGCCUGGAGGAAGUAGAGCGCAGCACUCAUCAAGAUGAGUAAGGUUAAAACACACUGAUGUGACAAUACCACCAGCUACGCAGGCUAGCUGAGUCUGUAACUUAAAGUUAUUGUCUUAACUUGCAGACUUUAAUUAAUAAGUAGCGCACUCUUUCUGAUCUCAAAUGUUCUUAUACAGGCCAAUCCUCACUCUUGUCGUCCAAGACUGGUCUAUUGGCUUGAGUUAAUUCUUUAUAACCUAGACUGUACUUCUGUGCAACACCACAAAUAUGUACCCCCUGGAACACGUAGAACUUAAUUUAGUUUUGAUUUCAUGUUGUCUAAACAUUAAUGUCCUGUCUGAAUCCUCAAAUCAAUGCACACAGUUAGUUUGCAGCUAUUUUCAUGUGCACUGUAAUUAGCGAAUUGAAUUACCUGUAGCCAGUUGUUAUACCGGUAGUUAAGUUUCAAGUUUAAUCUCUUUUUAGUUUGCCAGAUGUAUCAUCCAUGCCAGAAACGUUACGGAGCCUAGUGAAGGAACUAUUAGCAUUUAUACGCAAGGCACAGGUAUCGUAAUAAUCAUAUAUGUGUAGCCCAUGGGGGAAACCUGUUUCCGCAGAUGGUCUAUCACGUAAAUUGGGUUUAUGGAGUACAACACAGAAUCCCCCACAAGCAUUAAUUGUACAGUGUAGAAUGAAGGGAAUUUGGAUGUGGAAAGGUUACAUAAAAAUUAUGCAGACCUACUGUGUAUCUGCAUGAGGUCUCUUUCCCCUAAACAUUAUUUUUGUGUACUGAUGCCCACCCACCAAUCAAGAAAAUAGCCUGUCUCUUUUCAAAAGUGUACAUGUGUAAUGUAAUCUUUUUUAUCUGAAAUGAAGCUUGCCUGUGCAAGUCUUGUUUGAUCUGACAUGAUUUUGCUGCAUUUUGUUCCUAGAUGAACGGGGGGAAGAGGAUAGUUAAGAGCAUCAACAGUAUGUGUACUGAGUUAUUGCUUCCACUGGCAAGAAAAGUAAGUUUAAAAUGUGCAAUCUUGUUAUUAUCCUUGCAUAAUAUGACACCCAUGAUCAAUGUAGUUGAGAAAGAGGGAAAUACUUGUGCUCAUGAGUGA